AUGGUCUGUGCCCUGUGGACAACAUUCAAAGAUUUUGAGUGAUAAUAAAUAUAAAAAUUAUUAUGCCUAGAAAAUCUUUCAAAACGAAAGUUUCGAACUUCAAUUAAUUGUUUCAUCAUUUAAGAAAAAAAUUUCAGGGUGUUCUUCGAAAAUGCCAAGAUCUCUAAGAUUUUCUGAUUUUUACAAUAAUUAUAGAAACUGGGUUAGCAAAAAUCCCCAAGUAUCAACCGAUUUCGAGACAACUGCUAGAUGGCUUUCCUAUUUCAUAGCAGGAAGAAUAAAUAGUUCACAUGUAGUUUCCGAGCUGAUUUAUUGUUUAUCAAAUCUAUUGGUCCUUCACAACGACAGGAUAAUAUGCGAAUUAAGACAUUUGAAUACGGUCAGAUCUGGAGAAAAACUAAGAUUGUAUUUAACUGUUUUGGAAUAUUCUGAAGUGUUUUUAGAGUUGUCAGCAUCAAAAAAAUGGGGCGAGAAAGGCAGAUGGCUGGUUAUUUGUAUUAUACAGCUGUUCAAGUGUAUAUCUAAGUUGGUCUUAGUACAUCAUUAUAAAGAAUCAAUGAUUCAAUAUCCAGUAAUAUCAGUCUUGGAAAGAAGGGCAUUGACUGAAACAAGUGAUGCUGGAUGUAUUUCAGUUUCAGAAAUAUGUCAACGAGGAUCUGUUUCCUUCAAACUGAAACGUUCUGGUAGAAUUAUACGAAAGAUUGAAGCUUCCCCACCAGCAAAUAUUCGUUCUUGGAAACCGUUACAAAAAGAGAUUAUUUAUGAUCCUGUUAGUUUGGAAAAUAUAGAGCAAGCACUACUUGAUCGAAUGUUAGCUGCCGAGACUAUUUAUUUAGUGAAGCCAAUUGCACAUUUAGGGUCCUUGAUAUAUUUUGGGCAGAAAAGUUGGAAACCUUAUAUUCUUGCUUUGAUGUUUGAUUUGUGCAGUUUGCACCUGUAUAAGUCCUGUGAUAAAACCAAAAUUAACACUCUUUCUAUUAAACAGAAAGUGAUUAUUUCUAGAAGGACCACCCACUUGUUGCUAUACUUGAUACGAUCACCAUUUUUCAACAGAUAUAGCAAAGAUAAGAUAAAUGACCUACUAAAUAGUAUGAGCAGAAAUGUGCCUUUCGCUUCUUUAAUUUGUAACCAGUUCAUUAAAUAUUUGCCAUUUUAUCAAAGCAACUAUUUUUAUAUGUGGAGUUCUUGAAAAUUUUUCUUAUAUCAUAGUUAGGGUUUUUAUUGGCUAUCAGGGGAAUUGAUUUGAAAAGGAAAAUGAGAGAAUAUCAACAAGAUUUCAAUAAGGGUUUAACUACCUUUUAUUUCUUAUGGAGAGAUCUGUAAUGAAUUUGUGGUAAUCUAAAUUGACAUUUUAUUUUGAGGUGAUUCUUGAACCUCAUAAAACUGAUGUUCCCACUAAAAUUGUUUUUUUUUCAUGUGAAAAUCUUGUUGAAUUGAAGAUAUUUGCUUUUUGGAAAUAAUGGGAACAACAUGUAUCUUGAAAAUUAUUCUUCACAAUUAAUAUUUUGAGGAAUCAUUGUUGUGGUUUUUUUUAUUGUCUGAGUAAAUAUAAAUACUCCGAUUUUUAUCCCAUAGAUUAUUUAUUAGAUAAGAUAUGAAAUAUUUUAAGAAAUUUUCUAUAUAUAGUAGUAAAUAAAAAACAUUAUAUGUUGGGACUAUAAUUUUAGGAUAAACUUUUUAUUUAUCUGUUGAAGGGUACUAUAUUUUCCACAUUCUUCAUCAAAAUCAUAAUAAAAAUAUUUUCAUUUA